AUAUAUUAAAUUAUGCAAACUUUGGUUUUGGUUUUGGUACCAAAGAAACCAAAUUUGGGUUUUCAGUUGUUAUUGACGUGCAGUGCAUGGAGCUGCAACUGGGACUCGCUCUUCCACCUCCUCCUUUAAUUCCCAUCGAAACCUUCGACCUAAACAGCUAUGGUAAUUACGAGACUAGAGAGGCUUUGGGUUCCAAUGCUUUGAGUUGGCCUCUGCUAAAACUAGGACCAGCUGACAAUGACAUUAACAACAUCCACCACCACAACAGCAGCAGCAGUAGCUCUCGCGGCGGCGGAGCUGGCUGCAAAAAUCGCAGCUUUGAUGAAGCACCAUUCUUCGAUGAGAAGAGAAAUGUUCCCAAAACGCUGCAUCUUUUGCUUUGGACUAACCAACCAAAUGAUGAAGACGACGACCCUAGCAAUGUCCUCCACGAAAAUUCUUCUUCUGCCAUUUUCAAGAAUGGUGGAGAGGGUUUAGUGGGGUGGCCGCCGGUGAAAACCUGGAGGAAGAAGGUACAUCACCAAAUUCCCAACGGCGGAGCUGAAAACAAUCGCUUGCUGGCGGUAGAGAAUGGCAUUGGUGGUAGGGCUUCAAAAUCCACGUACGUGAAAGUAAAAAUGGAAGGAGUUCCAAUUGCUAGGAAAAUUGACCUUAGCGUCCACCAUUCCUUUGAAGGGCUUACGAACACCUUGAUGAGAAUGUUCGGCAUAUCCGAUGGCAAUCGAAAGAUCUUUAAACUCACAUAUCAAGACAGAGAAGGAGACUGGUUACUUGCAGAAGAUGUUCCAUGGAGGACCUUCAUUCGUUCCUUGAAAUGCCUGAAAUUAAUAAGAAGCAGAGGCUAGGGAGUGUCUUUAUCAUCAUGUUUUCAUCAUGAACAAUCCUGGACGUGGCCAUUUUUUUUUUAGUUUGCUUGAAUUUAGAAUCAGUCUAUGAAAUAUAUAGUAAUUUAACUCUUUUUUAAUCUUAAACAACAAUCAAGUAAAGUCUAUGAAUCAGCUUGAGCCGCCUUUUUUUGUUUAAAAGUUCAAGCACUUGAUUGACCACCAUGGUUAGUCAGGCUACUAUUUAAGAGCAAUAAGCUUUGAACGCUCUGCUUCAGUUA